AUGAAGGUAUUGAACGCGCUGCUCGUCCCGGUCAUUAGCUGCUCCGAGUUGGCUUCUGUUGAUCUCAUGUCGAUUGGUGGCACCGGCACCAACAUCACGGAGGUAACGGAGAUUGAGGUGGAUGGUGUGUCAUACUGCUACGUAGAGGGGUAUCUACCACCUCAAGCCAAGUGGAUGCUGCGUCUUCCUAUCGCCACGUGGACGCAGCGUUAUCUGCAGGCUGGCUGUUCGGAUCAGUAUGAAAAUGGACACUUCGCGUUGCGGACCACGGAUAUGAACGGUGGCACCGACGGCACCUUUGCUUUGGAUAAGGAGGCUUUCAUCGAUUACGCGUAUCUAGCUGUCCACAACAUGGCAGAACUAUCCAAGGCCUUAAUCAAGAAGUACUAUGGCCAGGAGCAGCAAUAUGCCUACUUCAAUGGCUGCUCAGACGGCGGUCGUGAGGCCGUAAUGACCGCUAUGCGCUAUCCGAAUGACUUCAGCGGUAUCAUUGCCGGAGCGCCCGCCAUUAACUUGGACGAAAACGAGGAGCCAAUCUUUAAUCCGUCGCGUAUUCCGAUCCUACACGAUGCUGUGAUCACUGCUUGUGAUGCUUUGGACGGUGUGGAGGAUGGUCUCUUGACGAACCCUCGUAUCUGCAAUUUCGACCCCCGCACACUUCAAUGCGCGGACGACGUUGACAACUACACGUGCUUGACUGCUGCUGAAACCCAAACGGCGUGGAUUGGCGUGGGUAUUCCUGCUACUGACGGAGGCAGUGUCGCAAGCGAGUCAUUGGCUCUGUCAGCGCUCCGUUACCUCAUCUUCAAGAAUUCCCCAGGUGCCAACUACAUGCUUGCCGACUUUGUCUUCGCCAACUCGACCAUUGAUCUGUUACGACCGCACCAUCCCUUCCUGGAUGCUGUUAGUCCUGAUCUCUCGCCCUUCCACGAAGCUGGAGGUAAACUUAUUCUUUGGCACGGUUGGGCGGAUCAGCACAUUUCGCCGCACACCACUAUCCAGUACCACGAGAAGUUGAUCGACAAUAUGGGCGCUGACGUUGUCGAGGAUUUCAACCGAAUGUACAUUUUUCCUGGUGUGUGGCACUGUGGUGACGGAGAGGGCAUGGCGUCGUUCGACUUGUUGAUACCCAUGUUGGACUGGGUGGAAUCUGGAUUGGCUCCCCACGAAAUCAUGACAUCGACAGAGGUGGUUGGCUCGGCGUCGGCCUCGUCCAACACGGUUUACCGCACCCGUCCGGCGUAUCCAUACCCAUCUGUGGCGAAGUACACUGGUUCGGGUGACGUGAAUGACGCUGUGAACUGGGAGGAAGGUGAUGCACUGUACUCGAACUUGACGGCGUAUUGGCAUGGCGUGGACUUUUUCGACGUGUUUAAUCCUACCAUGGAUCCGUAA